AUGACUUCUCCGCUGUCUCCCUCCUCUCUCUCCCCCGCCGCCCCUGCCUCCCCUUGCUCUGCUUGGCCCUCUCCGUUUCUUCUCCCGCCCCCUCUGCCCGUGGCCUCGCCGCCGCCCUCGUCCUCUUCGCUUCGCGGAUGGCUUCGGCGCACCUUCUCGCCCGUCAUUCUCGUGGGGGGGACUGAGCGCGCCAAGCGGGAAGUGGCUGCGUUGACAGGCCUCUCCCUCGCCUCGCUCUUCCAGCCUUUCAACGGCAACGCAAUCGCCGUCCGGAAAGUCGCUGCGACGCUCCGCGCAGCUGCCAGUGCCUCAGCAUGCGAUCCCCCCAGCGGGGCUUCCGCGUCCUGCGGCUUCUGCCCAGAUAUUCAACACACGGAACAAGAUGAAGAGUUUAUUCGCAGGGAGGGCUACCAUCCCGUCCACGUCCACCAGCUCGGCCUCGUCGGCGCCUCGCAGCCGGCCGCGUCUGCCAAGGCGACAGGCGCGUCUCUCGUGUACGAGGGCCCAGAUGUCCCUCCUCUGAACCUCCGCCUGAAUGUCUCUUCGCCCUUUCUGAGCACGAAUGCGUCAAGCUCGCAGACAAACUCCACUGCUGUGGCCGCCCCCCCUGGGCCGAGUGGAUCCGCUGCCCGAGGCAGGGACGCAGGCCCCGGACGGUCGACGCCCUCGUCUGUGUCCUCGACGGCACCUUCCACGGCCUCGGUUUCUGCCCUCGCCUCUUCGCUCUCUCUCCCCUUCUCUUCUGCCGGAACGCCGGAGCGCGCCGCGGGAGGUGAGGCGGGAGGCGCGUCUGUCUCCGGCGCUGGGUCGGGCGCGAAGAAGGCGAGUAUCUCUCCGGACUUUGCCGUCCGUUUCCUCGACCUCGAGGAAGCAGAGUUGCCUUCCGAAUUCUCGGCCGACACUCUCGCCACGCGCGUCCUCUCCCAGUCCCCACCGAGUCUCGCGGAGCUGAGCACGUUUGCGGCAGCUGCCUCCCCGGCUCUCGCGUCCUCUGGGCGCCUCGGCGCCCCAGGGGGCGUGGGCCCCUCGGGCUCCAAACGGCCGACCGCGGUCGAAGCCGCGCGGACGAGCGCGGUGCGGGCGUCGGCGGCCUCGCCCUUCAUCUCGGACGUCGAGGGGGCUUCCCGAGGGCCUCGCGUCCGAGAGAAGCCGGCAAGACAGAAGGGGCCGAGCGCCGGCGCGGAGGGCGAAGACGCUUACGCACAGGCGUGCAGCCAGCCGAUCUCUAGCACCACGGGGCUGCGGGGAGUCGACUUGCCGUGGUACAAUGACUGGGAAGGAGUCGUGUUUGACGGGCUGCGCUUUUCGGAACACGAAACGCUCUGCCAGCCUGUGGGCUUGGUUCUCGUGGCCAGCAGUCGCGACGCAGAUCCAGUUGCUGCGUUCGAAGAACUGCUGCAGACCAAAAACCUCCCCUCCCUGUGUGGCAAGUAUGUCUUUGAUCCCAAUCCGGUACGCGCCCUCGUUAUCCUCGACAUCCAUAGCGAUGCCUUCGAGGCCAAGGCCGACCUGAGCACUGCACUAAAACUCUCAAAACAGGCUGCGCCCGCGUCCGCUACCUCUGUCUCUUCUCUCUCCUCCCCUUUGUCGUCGUCUGCGUUUUCCCUCUCAUCGUCUCAACAGGGGACAGAGCCGCGCGUAGGCGAGGGCGACGACAAGGCGGGGGCGACUGACACGGAGAGAAGGCGCGAGGGGAAGCAGAGCGCGAGAGCAGGGGGCGAGGACGAUGAAGGGGUGGAGGAGAAACAAAGCGGAAGAGACAGUGAAGAUCCAGCGGAAGAUGGAAGAAACGAAAGACUUCUCGAGCAACUCUGUGCUGCGUUCCCUCCCGCCAACUGCCACCUUCUCACCAUUGGCAGAAAAACGAACGUACAGAGUCACUGGCAGCUUCUUCCGUCCAUCCGGUACCUCUACGCGCAGCACCUAUCGGUCAGUUUCUCUUCGUCCCUGUCCGGGAAUUUAUUCCCGACGUUUCUCUCCCCUGCGACGGGGCAGAGUCCUCCGGCUUCGCUGUCGCCGUCCACGAUUUCGUCUCUCUGGCCCUCUGCUUUCGCACCGGGCUCCGCGUCUUCGCCGUUCGCUUCUCCCCCUGGGUACGGCGUCAGCGAGAUCCGGUCGCUCAUUGGCUCUGACGUUCCCCUUCCCGUGGCCUCGCGCCUGCCGUGCAGCGCGUCGGGCGGUUCUCUUCAUCGCGCAUCGUUUGGUUCCGUUCCCUCGCCUUCUUCACCGGGCGGCCACGCUUCAACCGAGCGCGGCCCCGUGCCGUCGCCUCUCCCUGCCGCGCACCCGGCUUCGGAGGCGCCACCGGCCUCUCUCGCGGACUCCGCCCGGGAGCUCUAUGCGCACUGCAGCACGCUGUGCUGUCUCGACACCUCGUUUUGCGUGGGUCUGUCGUGGAGCGACUUGCACUCAUUGUCGGCGUUCACUCAGCACUUCAUCAACACGGGCAUUCUGCCUUGGAUGGAACGGAAGGCGCGACAGCUCGACGGCUCGAUUGCGAGCAAUCGGAAAGGCUUCCGAAACCAGCUGCGGUACCUCUGGAGGAAGCCGCGAGGGACUGGAGCCUCGAGUGCCUCCGGCGCACACGCCUCCGGAGUUGCGCCCGCGCCGCCCCCAGCCGGGGGCGGCGCGGGCGGCGCGCCCAGUGGAAACCAAGGCGAAGGCGGGAGUGCUUCCUUCUCGCCCUUCGCUUCCGCCUUUCCUUCCUCAGCCAGCUCCGUAGUCGCCAACGUCGCUGAGCAGGCAGGCGGCGCCGCGGAGGCGCUCCUCUCUGCCGUCGGAGGAGCGUUCCUCGGAGAGUCUGGGAGCUUCGCUCAGACUUACAGCUCGUCGAAGUCCAGCAAAUCUGCGUCCUCGGGGUCUUCUGGAGACGCGCCAGGAAGCCCACGGAAAAACGGAGUGCAACAGCCACAGCACCAAGUCGUUCAGUCUGCGUACCAGCUGCAUGCGAUCGAGUGGCAGUACCGUCUCUUGGGAGAUCUGCAGCUUUUCUUCGGCAUGCACGAGGCGGCGCUCCAGAGCUUUCGCAGUUGCGCGGCAGACUUCAAGCAGGACAAACGCUGGAAGCAGUUAGGCGGCGCGUACGAAAUGAGCGCAAUCUGCCUGCACCUGUCAGGAGCGGCACGGAGAGAAGUUGAGGGAUGCAUUGAACAAGCCUAUAGUGCUUACGUGAAAGCCUCGGCGGGACGCCUGGCGCUCCGGUGCGUGCUGCUCGGGACGCGGCUGACGAUGGACCUCGUGGGGAUGCUUCCGCUCCCGUUCUCGCCGCCCUUCGCGCCCUUCCUCGCUCUCAAGCAACAGUGUGCGUCUCCGGCGGUUCUCGCGUCUGUCGAUGCCGCCGUCGAAGCCGCCCGCCGCCUGUUGGCGGCGAAUGCAGAGCUGCCUGCCGUCGACGCGCGCUCGCGGCCUUCCCUCUCUCUCCCUGCGCGAAGCGGCAGCGAGGCUGGAAGCAGCGACGGCGGUGCGCGGGGCGAGGCACGGUCUCCCACCGGCGCAGACCGUGGAGAGACGAGGCGCGAAGCUCGGGACGAGACAAGGGACCUCGAAGCCGCCAUGGCCGCAGCCUUCGCGCAGAGCCAGGCCGUCAGAAGCGCGAUGCUGCUCGAACAGGCGGCGCUCUGCUUCGAGCAGGCAGGAGUGCUCCACCGGAGAAAACGAAACUUCCAACUGGUCAUGGCAGGACACACCUACUAUAAGGCGGGAUUCAAGCGCCUCGCCCUCCGAUGCUACACGUCCGUGGUUAGUCACUACGAGUGGUCGGGUUGGCAGCACGUCUCGCAGCAUCUUCGCUUCAUCAUGGCGCGGCAAACGUUUUCUCUCCACCUUCUCUUCGACGCGGCUUUCCACUUUGCGGCCCUCCUGAACGCGGUCUCUUCCCUUCAACAAGUGCGGCAAAUCGUCUCUGACCAGCCUCCCGUCUCUUCUUUCGCGUCGCUCUGCGCCGCCCUCGGCCCGCUGCUCCUCCCGGCGGGGCGCGGCGAAGCAAUCUCGCUAGAGCGAGAGGACGACGAUCGAAACGGAAACACUUGCCUCUCCGUCGGCCAAUCAACAUACGGGCUUCCCGUCAUCCCUGCGAGUCGCGAAUCGCACUAUAUUCGGGAAUUUCUCUUUGUCUGCCGGGUCAUUCUGGAACGGCAACGCCAACAGGCCGAGCAGCAGAGUCGCCGUCAAACUCCCGCGCGUGCUCCGGGGCCGUCCAGCGCGUUCUCGCGUUCGGCUUCAGACACCCACGAGGCCGCGGGGGUGCUGGGGCACGGGAGCCUCCUGAACGGAAGAAAGGAAGAGGCGGGGGCCAUGCUGUCCAGAAAGGGUUCUGCCGUCUCUUCAGACUGGUCCUCGGCUGGUCCCGCCGUCUCCACCACCUUGGACUCCGUUCGCCACUCCGUGCCGAGCAGGUCGGCGAAGAGCACCGGAGGUGGAAAAGAAGGCCCGAGUAACCUGACCGCACUUUCUUCCCUGACGCUUCCUGUUGAUCUUCGCGUCCCCUACGUGGAAUGUAGAAAUCGACAAGGCGUCUUCAGAGACGGGAUUUGCGUUCGUCUCCCUGGCGAUGCCUCUCUCCCCUUGGAGCGCCGCCUUCCCCUCGGUUCUUCUGCCUCUGUCCUCGGGAGUCCCGGCCUCGGCGCCUCGGAUUCCCUGUCUUCGCUGUGCGACUCCGCGGGCUCGGCUUCGUCUUUGCUGUCGCCCGUGACCUUUUCGUCUCCGUCGUCUUCGCUGCCCGGCUUUUGCGAGCUCGGCGAGAUCCUCGAGGCGGCUGGUCGGCCGGCACGCCGCGCGCCGUUAGACGCGCAGGUCCGCGUAGAACUCGAGUGCCAAGAGAGAUUGAGCGACGGCUAUCUGGCGCUUCGCUGGCACCAGUGGCGACAGCAUGCGUCGUCUGCGUCACCCGACAGUGAUCCUCUUUCGUCGGCGGGAGAGAGCGGCGAACGAGGCGACGAAAUGGGGCACCGAACCCGCGAAGAAAUGGAGACAGAAGAACCCGCACAAAGAAACGCAGAGGAUGCGAGUGCGGCGCCGGUGACGGGUCAGCGUCAGUCCCUCGCGCUGUCAUCAGCCCGGGGAGGAAAUGGAAAACAAGCGGGGGACGGAGAGGAACAGGCACACGUUGAAGGAGACGAUCCGUGGAUUCGCCACGAAGUGCUCGUCACUCCCUGCCCAGUCUCUCUGCCGGCUUCGCCCUCUGCGGUCACGCAUGCGUCGCGGCGGCGCUCUGCAGUCGGCCAGCCGGUCGCCGUGCUGCUGCGUCUGGUGAACCCGCUCCAGCUGCGCAUUCAGUGCCGCCAUCUCCACCUCUACGGCUCGGUGCAUCCCGCGUCUCCGACCCCCACAGGGCGUGAGGAGGAGGCAGGAAGACUCACGGGCGAAGGACGAAAAACGCGGACGGUCGAGUUCCCCUCCAUCCCAAGCGUCUCCCUGGAGCCUCGAGAGUCGACGCUUCUCACGCUUCUGGCGAUCCCGCGCGUCCCCGGAAGACUCGUCGUCAGAGGACUGUCUCUGGAGCUCUUCGGCUUCAUCCGACUCCUUGAACCCUUUUGUCUGCACGGGAGUCUCCGGCCAGAGGCGCGCUUCAACAUGCGGCACUGCCACGUGCCUUCCGACGACAUAUCCGUCGCCGCGCCUCCUCACGGACAGCGGGCGUUUGAAGACCCGCCAGACGGACUGCACGAGCACGCAUGGCGUUCCGGUGCGCCCGCCCCGUCUCAGCUUCCUGGCCUUUCCUUGCCACAGAACGCAGCCCUCAGUCAGGAAGGCCUCGAAGGCUACCUCGACGAAUUUGGUGGCUCGGGUGGGGGCCUUCUCGACGCAGACGGGAAGCCGCGCGCAGACGUGCCGAUCCACUACCUGCUUCAAACGGAAAACUACAAGCUGCUGUCCACCGGAAUCCCCGGACAGUUUCGGAGCCGAGCCGUGGAGAUGCAUGAACCGGACUACCGCUUAGAAGUCGAGGUCGACGAGCUUCUCCCUGUUCUCUCGACGCUCUUCCUCGGCUGGCCUCUCAGCCCGAUUCGCCGACCCGGGGAAACGGAAGACGAGGACGAGCAGGCUGUCUCGUCGCGCGGCUCGCAGGAUGCCGUUUCCGCCCUGCUGGCCUCACGCCAUCUCCCUGUGCUCGCCGAGCCCGAGGCGCCCGACAGGGCGUCUCUGGCGUCUCCCCCCUUGGCGGGGCCUCAGGUCAAGGAUUCGUGUGCUCCCGCUCCCGGCGUCUCCUCGCGCGCGUCCCCGUCUCGUGUGUUGCGUCGGCAGUUGUAUAUGGGCGAGGAAGCUGGCGCCUAUCUUGUUCUCUCGAGCUCGUCGUCUACGCAGGCUCUCGACUCUCUCUCGCUCGCGGUCACGCCUUCUGACUUGGUCCGUGUCGUCGAUGCGAUCCUCGUGUACCCGGUGGAAAAGUCUGGAUCUGCGCCCGCGCUCGGCAGUCUGCCAGGGACAGAGACAGCUGGAGACCGCGUGGGGUGUGCAGCAUCAUUCGAAACGUCGCGCCAGUCUCCCUACGCCUUUGAGAGACUACAAAUCCUCGAAAACGUCACAGAGGAGCUGGAGAAGACCAGGCCAGGUGGCGGCGCGGGAGGUGGUCGGGAAGAGGAGAAAGCAAAAAAGAUUCAAGUCGUUCGCUUCGCGCGCCAACGGCCUUUCUGUCCCUCCGGCGAUCCUCACAGAGAUGAACAGCGGACGCCUUCUCUCUCGGCCUCAAAAAAGGCAAACAUCCUGCUGCCUCCAGGAGGCGUUAUUCAGCUCUCGCUCGCGCUUUGCGGGAAGGUGCCGGGCAUUCACCGCGUUCGCUUCUGUGUCAAGGCGGUGGGGUGUCCUCUCGACUCGGAGGCGCAGGGAGACGGGAAGGAGGCUGAAACGAACCGCGAAGACUCGGGAACGAGCGCCGAUCUCAGCGACAGCCCGACAAACGCCCGACGCACCCUGUGGCGAGCCGUCGAAAAAGUCCUCGCCGUCACACACUCCCUCAGACUCACAGUGGAGCCCCGAUUGUCGUGGCAGCGUCCAAGGCGCCACCUGCUGCACUGCCGCAUUCGAAACUUGACGCGACAGACGUUCUGCAUCGAGGAUCUGUCUGCCUUGCUGCCGUCGUCUGUUCUGUCGGAUUCGCCCUCCGCUGGAGCCUCGCACACGCGUCUCGAUCGCCUGGCCGUGCCGCUCGUCCCCUUCGUGGCCGAGGGUGGAGGCGCCGCGCCGCCUGCCGCGGUUGUGCGCCCGUACGAGACUCUGGAGCUCCUCUGCGCUCCCUGGCGGGGCCGCGACCCGAAGGCUUCAACUGCCCGAGGCGAUGACUUGCUGGAGGCCGCUGCGCGAUCCAGCGUCGGUCUCCUCGUCCGUCUCCGGUGGCGGCUUCACUUCUCUCCGGCUCUCGCCUCGAGUCGGAGCGCCUGUGCAGGCGAGGCACUCGCAGGCGAUCGUCCUCUGUCUCCUUCGCGGGCCCUCGCAGGCCCCCGAGCGUCCGGCGAUUCUUCGCCUUUCCGAGCGCACGAUCGUCUCCCGAAUCUUGCAACAAGCCCGUCUGGAUAUCUGCUUUCCGAGAGGCCGGUCUGCCUUGCGCCGCGCAUUUCGUCUCUGCCGCUGCGCCUGACAAUCGAGACGGAUCCAGCGGGGUCAGGAGCGUUGCCUUCCUCCGAUCGCCGUCUCCUUGCCUUUUCCCAGCGCGAGGCGGGGUGCUUGGUCCCCAUCCGCUUCUGUCUUGCGAAUGUGUCGUCGACUCUUCUCCUAGGCGUGGAGUUGUUCGCCGACAUCUCCGGCGCAGGGCGCUCGGCGCCGCUUCGGCUUUCUCCGGGCGACGUGGCCGUCGCGCCUGCGCUCUUCUACUCUCCUCUGGAAGAAGAAGAAGACCGCCACGCCGCCUUCUUCUGCGCUUCCUUUUUCUGCGAAGGGGACGAGGGCGCGAAAGGUGCACGCGCGUGGGGGGGAGACGAUGCCGACAGGUUUUCUGCGUUGCCCCGAGCCCCCAGUCGCGAGCGGGAGACUGGCAGAGAAAGACAGGACGACGGGAUUUCCGACGAGGCAGAUCGAUUUCCGCGCUCCCCAGGAGACUCCCUUGACCUGUGUCGGGGGCGCGGCGCCUUAGUUUCGAUGCCUCUCUGUUUCAGCACGGCCGGGGACGCACAGCCUCCAGGUCGGGCUAGUGUCCCCUCAGGCGCCUCGCCGCACAGAGAAGGGUACAACACUCCCGGAUUCCCGAGCGCGUCAGGUGAAUCCUCAGCCGGCGCCGAGCCCGACUACACAGGACCCAGCACAAGGCCGGCCGCGUUCUUCUUCCCGUCGCCCUCUGCUCUCGCUGCGAGGCGCCGAGAGCUGUUUGGUGGGGCGGGUCGCCUCAUGGCCCCCGGCCUUCGCCACACUCACGAGAGAGAGCGUUGCUUCGCUUCGUUGUCGACUUCUUCGCAAGGGAAGGAUCGCGGCGGGGCGGGUUCGCAGCUCUGGAGAGAGAAGCCUCUUCCUGUGCUGGGCUCGCGCCGCCCCUCUUCUCUGGCGUAUCUGGAGACGCUGUUUUCUCUCCCUCUCGCGGUCCCGGAGUCCGUCGCGCCUUCCUCUGCUGCGUCGCGCACCGACGCUGGUCCACUCCUCGAAGGUCGGUCUCCGUCUCUCGCGUCCCCUCCGGUCUUUCAGCGGCGCGUCCUGGCGUCUUUGCUUCGCCGCGCUCUGAUUGUGAAUCCGCAGUCGUGUCCCCUGCCUGUCGUCCAUCCCACAGUCCAGGCCGACGCCUUUCGAGGCGGCCCUCUCGCCCUCGCCUUCGGGGCUUCCUGGAGUCGCGACGAAACGCUGGAGAGCCCCGAAGACAGCUUUUCUCUCGCGUCCCUCGCGAGUACCUCCGAUUCUGCGCUGUCCUCCCAAGACAGAAGCCGCUACAGCAACUCGCGGGCCCCGCCUCCCCCUCUGCAUGCGCGACUCGGACCUGGCCCAUCUUCGCUGGACGCAGGAUCGGGCGGCGCGGCGUCUGCGGCCCUGGCGGGGCUGUGGGGCGCGCACGUGGCGACUGGGUUUGCCGCGAGCUCGGUCGCGGGCUCAACGAGCGCAACCAGCCAGCGCACCCCGGGGAACUCGGCCGGCGGCAUCGGGUCCUUCCUUGGCUCCCACACGCAAGUGUUCCACCGGGGCAGCGCCAGCAGCGCAGGGUCGGGCCGCGCGGGAGAAGAAGAGAGGCGCAAACUGCCGGUUCCCGAAGAGGCACUCGCAGCUUUUUUGAGCGACGUGUCGACGAGCUUGAGCUCAGGAGUGGUUGUCGGAGGGACGCCGUACAGUGACACAGUCGAAUUUCCAGGGACAGAUGUGAAGGACGUCGAUUUGCCUGCGGCUUUCAGUGCCGCUGACUCUCUUUGUUUCGACUCGGAAGAAGGCGCGACGAACCAAGACAGGCCUGGCGCGCCGCAGUUGCCUGUGAUUGACUUGACUGACGUCUCGGCCUCUGCGGAGGCCUCUGGGCCUUGCGAGGUUCUCCCGCGUCUCGCUUCGCGGCACCAGGUAGCUGUGGCGAGCGCGUUAACGAACAGAGAUUCCGCAGCCCUCGGCAACGCUCCCGUCGCUUCACACCGAGGUGGACGCGCUGAUGUCCACGGCGACCAGGUUCUAGGAGGGGCGAUGGCCGAAAACCCUCAGAACAGCGUCCCGUCGCUUCCUCUCUUGCCCCCUUCAUCUCUGGCUGCUUCGCUCUCUCCAGUCGGAACGGCACAUGGACAGCCGCUCGGUGCGCCGGCGUGCUUCAACGGCUUCUACUGGCUCGGCAAACGGACGCAGCAGCUGGGGGUUGUAGGCCCAGGGGAGAAGGUUGAGGCGACACUGUUCGCCUUCUUCCCCUCUCCCGGCGUCUUCAACGUCAACAAAGUGCGCUUCCGGGUGUCGAUAUUGGGUCACGUCGAGGCCGAAAAGUCGACUGGCGAUGGGAGCGACGCCGAGGCGAAAGAAAGGCCACAGCCGGAGCAAAGGGCGAGGGAAGAACAACGGCGAGAAGGCGGGGCCGGCGACGGCUCGCCGUCUGCAGCGGCGGGCGGGCGAACCGUGAUUCAUCUGGACCCCAGCCUGCACAAUGUGCCGCAGCUCCUCGAUGAGAAACGCCUGGAAAUAGAAGAGAACCAAUGGGAAAGCGAGUUAGUCGAUCGUUUCGCUGGACGGAAAGCUGUUGUGGGUUUCCCGUUUGAGUGUCUCGUCCACGUCCAACCCGCGGCGACGCUGUGA